CUCUCGUCUGGCCAGUAUCAGCAGACGUCCCGAGGCGGCUCCACUUUUCCCGCCAUUUAAACGUAAACAAAUCGAAGGUGGGGCGGUGGAUUCACGUUUGGACUGGUCCUGGAGCCACAAUUGCUAAAAAGAGUUUGCCCCUUGGCCCCGAGGAGCUUGUGUGAGUGGUUCAAGCCGGGAGGUGAUCAGUGAGUCGGCGAGGAGAGCAGGGAGCAAGAUGCCUUGUGAGAUCAUCACCCUGCAGUUGGGCCAGUGCGGCAACCAGAUUGGGUUUGAGUUUUGGAAGAAGUUGUGCAGCGAGCAUGGGAUAUCUCCUGAAGGGACACUGGAGGAUUAUGCCACAGAGGGCACAGACCGGAAGGAUGUGUUCUUUUACCAGGCAGACGAUGAACACUACAUUCCCCGCUCUGUACUGCUUGACCUGGAGCCUCGGGUCAUUCACACCAUCAUGAAUUCUCCCUAUGCUAAGUUGUACAAUCCAGAGAACAUUUACAUGUCCAAGCAAGGUGGAGGAGCUGGCAACAACUGGGCGGCAGGAUUCAGCCAAGGCGAGCGCAUCUAUGAUGAAGUGUUUGACAUCAUUGACCGAGAGGCAGAUGGGUCAGAUAGCCUGGAGGGGUUUGUGUUGUGCCACAGUAUUGCAGGAGGCACAGGCUCUGGCCUCGGCUCAUACAUCCUGGAGCGCCUCAAUGAUCGCUUCCCCAAAAAACUGGUGCAGACGUACUCAGUGUUCCCUAACCAGGAUGAGAUCAGUGAUGUGGUGGUUCAGCCGUACAACUCCCUGCUGACUCUGAAACGCCUCACCCAAAGUGCAGACUGUGUGGUGGUGCUGGACAACACAGCACUCAACCGUAUUGCUUCAGAUCGCCUCCACAUCACCAACCCAACGUUCUCUCAGAUCAACUCCCUUGUCUCCAACAUCAUGUCUGUGUCCACAGCCACUCUGAGGUAUCCGUCAUACAUGAACAAUGACCUGAUUGGCCUGAUUGCACCCCUCAUCCCCACCCCAAGACUUCACUUCCUGAUGACUGGCUUCACCCCUCUCACCACAGACCAGGAGGUGGCAUCGGUAAGGAAGACAACAGUAUUGGAUGUGAUGAGGAGACUCCUCCAGCCUAAGAAUAUGAUGGUGUCCACACCGCUGGACCGCAACACCCAGCACUGCUACAUCUCCAUUCUGAACAUCAUCCAGGGAGAAGUUGACCCAACACAAGUUCACAAGUCCCUGCAGAGAAUUAGAGAGAGAAAAAUGGCUCAGUUCAUUCCCUGGGGGCCGGCAUCCAUCCAAGUGGCCCUAUCAAAGAAAUCACCAUAUAUUCAGUCAGCCCAUAGAGUGUCUGGCCUCAUGCUGGCCAACCAUACCAACAUCUCUGCUCUCUUUGAACGCACGCUGAAGCAGUACGACAAACUGAGGAAACGUGAGGCUUUCCUGGAGCAGUUCCGCAAGGAGAACAUGUUUGCUGAGAGUCUGGAUGAAUUGGACCAGUCAAGGGAGGUGGUGCAGCUGUUGGUGGAUGAGUAUGUGGCAGCCACCAAUCCUGACUAUCUCUCUUGGGGGUUAAAGCAAGGCCCAAUGGACACCUAAACCUGCCGUACAGUCUUCGUUGUUUGUCAGAGGUCAGGCUGUUUGGAGUUAAAGUUCCAUAUUGCCAUAUUAGCACAGAUCUUUACUUUAUUUAUGCUAUCACUUUAUGUAUGUGUAAAUUUUAAUGUUUUUUUUUGGCUUUGUGUUUGUGUUUGUGCGUGCGUGUGUGCGUGUGUGUGUGUGUGUGUCAGUCUAUUUUUUUCUUGUAGUUUGAACAGCAUAAGCUUCUUUUCUUUAUAAUUUCAGUGGAAGGAACUAGAGCUUUCAAUCACACACUAUAAAUAUCUCUUGUCUCUAUGGGGGAUGGGGGUGCAUGGCAACCAGUCUCCACUUGUGUCAUGGUGUUUGUGACUCAUUUGGUACCAGAUACAGCUACUUCCCUCAUGCCCAAUCCUCUGAUGCAUUUCUGAUAGAUUCAAAACAUGAGACAUUGCACCAUUAGUUUAACAAUGGUAACUUUGACCAUAUUAACAUUGUAAUGACCUUUGCAUUCUUUUAUGUGUCAUAAGUGUAUCCUGCCUGAACAAACAGAGCACCACUCCAGAUGUUUGGACAAAUCACUCACUUAAAGUUCUAGAUACAGCUCACAUGAGUGUCUUCACUGUUUUUAAUCCUUGAGUUUUGUGAUGCUCAAGGUAAAAGCUAUUCCUUUGGAAGAGAGCAAGCACAAACUCAAGAGGAUACUGUAUAUAGUUUGUUGUAACUAUAAACCACAUGAGUUUUUGUGCUGUUACAGGGUCAUUGCAUUCCAUAAGCUAUACUGACUAAAUCAAACUGCUUUCAUGAAGUGUGUUUUAUUGGUUGCCUUGAAUUUGAAUGAAAAUUUUUUUAAAUAAAAUUUUGCAAAAUGUAAUAGAUCUUGAUAUAGAUACAUCAGAGUGAAAAGUAAAUUAACAUACAAGAAAAAAAUUAGAUGUCUUGAGCACCCAAUAACACAUUUUGCCUUUUAAUUCUUAAUUUCUAAUACUAUGGGAACACUAGUUUCCAAUGACCCAGCCAUGUGAACCCUCUGUGCUGCACUAGUUGUUGUUGAUUGAGUGAUGAAAUGCCAGUUGAGUAUGGCUGUGAAAAAAGUUAUCCUUUCUUGUGUCAAAACUGUCUGCUCAGAUCAUAUGGUUUGGUUUGAUGGUGGUCAUUUAUAAGAAAACAUGUUAACAGAAAACAA